AUGUCUGACGAAGAAGAAGUGUACACUGAUUCCGAAGAGGAAACGCAACCGGAGCCUGAAAAAAGCAAAGAUGCAGAUGGAGAUCCUGAAUUCGUUAAGAGGCAAGAAUUAAAAUCUUCAGCCUUAGACGAACAACUCAAAGAGUACAUUCAAGAAUGGCGCAAACAGCGGUCAAAGGAAGAAGACGAUUUAAAGAAGUUGAAGGAAAAACAAGCCAAGCGCAAGGUUAUGCGAGCGGAAGAAGAGAAGAGAAUGGCCGAAAGAAAGAAGCAAGAAGAAGAACGCAGACAGAGAGAAGUCGAGGAAAAGAAACAGAAAGACAUCGAAGAAAAACGUAAACGCCUGGAAGAGGCCGAGAAAAAACGGCAAGCUAUGAUGGCUGCUCUUAAGGAACAAACCAAUAAAUCCAAAGGACCUAACUUCACCAUCAGCAAAAAAGAAGGCGCAUUGAGUAUGACAUCUGCCCAACUUGAACGCAACAAAACCAGAGAACAGAUCGAAGAAGAAAAGAAAAUAUCGUUGAGCUUCAGAAUUAAACCGUUGACCAUCGAAGGAUUCUCCGUACAAAAACUCCAAUUCAAAGCUACUGAACUUUGGGACCAGAUCAUUAAGCUGGAAACAGAAAAGUACGAUUUGGAGGAAAGGCAAAAGAGACAAGAUUACGACUUGAAAGAGUUGAAAGAACGUCAGAAGCAACAACUCCGCCACAAGGCUCUGAAGAAGGGUCUCGACCCCGAAGCCCUAACCGGCAAAUACCCACCCAAGAUCCAAGUCGCUUCCAAGUACGAGAGGCGAGUGGACACGAGGUCUUAUGAUGACAAAAAGAAGCUGUUCGAAGGAGGUUUAAUGGAAACCAGUAAAGAAUCGAUGGAAAAACAAUGGACAGAAAAAAGUGACCAAUUUGGUGGCCGCGCUAAAGGACGGUUACCGAAAUGGUUCGGCGAACGUCCAGGCAAGAAGAAGGAUGACCCAGACACACCCGAAGAGGAAGAGCUCAAGAAAAACGAGGAAGACGAAGAACCGUUUGGCCUUGACGACGAAGAAGCAGAAGAAGAAGUCGAAGAGGAAGAAGAGGAGGAAGAAGAAGAGGAAGAAGAAGAAGAGGAGGAGGAAGAAGAAGAGGAAGAGGAAGAAGAGGAAGAAGAGGAAGAAUAAUAAUUAUAAUUCCGCUAUUAAAAAAUAUCUUAAGACCAAUUUCAAAAAAAAAAAAAAUCACAAAUGAAAUGAAUUUAACUUAUAUACUUCUGCCUCAAUGUAAAAAAAAAAAAAUAUAUUAAAUGAAUAAUUGUACUAUUUAAACACUGUUUGUUUGUACAGGACAAAAGAUUAACAAUAAACAUUUGAGGAUGAAGUUUAUAGAUUAUUAGGUAUUUAAGUAUAAUAUAUAGGAAUUUAUUUAUAUGAACGACAAUCGAUAAUAUUAUUGGCGCGGACGGGACAUAGUAUUAUUGUCAAUCCCGUUGUUGUCCUUAAUAUAAUUUAUUGAAAAAAAAACUUGUGAAUUUAAA